CCAUGCUCCUGGGCAGGGCAGGGAGAUGACACUGCAUGAGCUGGUCCGCCAGGCUGCUUCCCUGCACUGGGACAGAACAGCCGUAUGUUUCGACGCGUGUGACAGCCAGCCCCCUGAGUGCCACACUUACGGUGCCCUCGUGACCACUGCGUCCCGGUUAUCACGCUUCCUGCUGCUUCACUGUGACCUUGAAGAAAUUCGGCAGAUUGGCCUCUACUGCCAACCUGGUAUCAACUUACCUUCUUGGAUUUUAGGAAUUCUCCAGGCUCCUGCUGCUUAUGUUCCGAUUGACCCAGACUCUCCUCCAUCAUUAUCAGCCUACUUUAUAGGAAAAUGUGGUCUGAAGUAUAUCCUGGUGGAAAAAAAGCAAGUCAGUAAAUUCAGGGCAUGCCAUGAAGCAUUACUGAACCAGGACACAUUGGCCGUGGAACAUGAUGACCUCGUGCUCUUUAGCCUUCGUGGGGAAGAUGUGGCGGCGGACUUGAUGCCGACUGACGCAGAAGAGAAACGCGGGAGAGGAAGCAGCAAGGAGGACAGGGCGGCGGAGCACCUGGACGCGAGGCAGAAGCAUUGCUUGGCCUACGUCCUGCACACGUCAGGGACCACGGGGACACCCAGGCUCGUCAGAGUGCCGCACGCAUGUGUACUGCCCAACAUCCAGCACUUCCGGUUACUUUUUGAUGUCAACAAAGAAGAUACGCUGUUCCUGGCCUCACCCCUGACUUUUGACCCUUCUGUGGUGGAAAUGUUUGUUGCUCUGUCAAGCGGUGCCUCCCUGCUUAUUGUACCAGCGUCUGUGAAAAUGGUGCCGUCCAAAUUAGCUGCUGCUCUCUUUUCCCGUCAUAGAGUGACUGUAUUACAGGCAACGCCCACACUGCUCAGGAGGUUUGGGCGUCAGUUGCUGACGUCAGAGGUUUUAUCCGCCAGCACAUCUCUCCGUGUGUUAGCCCUGGGUGGGGAGCCGUGUCCCUCGCUGGCUGCCCUCCGAAGCUGGCGGGGAGAAGGCAAUAGGACACACAUCUACAACAUCUACGGAAUCACGGAGGUCUCCAGCUGGGCGACCUUCCACAGGGUUCCAGAGGAGGCUCUCAGCUCUGCUGCCAGACAGGAACUGCCUGUGCCACUAGGGUCGCCGCUGCUCGGAACAGUCGUGGAAGUCAGAGAUCCCAGCGGCUCCGCAGUUCACGAAGGAACAGGCCAAGUAUUUUUAGGCGGCCGACACAGAGUGUGUUUUCUCGAUGAUGAGACUACAGUCCCACUCGGCACCAUGAGGGCCACGGGAGACUUCGUGACUGUGAAAGACGGAGAGAUAUUUUUCUUGGGACGAAAGGAUGGUCAGAUCAAACGUCACGGCAAGCGUCUUAACAUUGAACUUGUGCAACAGGCUGCUGAAGGACUCGAGCAAGUGGAGUCCUGCGCAGUGAUGUGUAAUCAGGAGAAGCUGGUUCUCUUCGUGGUGUCCCAGGGGGCGUCAGUAAAGGAACACGUCUUGGAGGAGCUGCAGCAGCGCCUCCCAAGCCACGCAGUCCCUGACCAGCUCGUGCCGGUUGACUCGCUGCCGCUCACAUCUCAUGGCAAAGUGGAUGUGUCUGAGUUAAACAAGAUAUACUUAAGCUACAUAAGUUUGAAACCUGAGAAUAAACUAAGUGGAGAAGAAGAACUUUGGGGAAAAUUACAGUAUUUGUGGAAGUCUGUCCUGGGGGUCUCGGGAGAUCUUGCCCCGGUCCCUGAGGAGUCACACUUCCUGAGCAGCGGCGGCGACUCCUUGAAGUCCAUCCGGCUCCUUGGGGAGCUUGAGCUGCUCGUCGGGGCCCCAGUGCCGGGGCUCCUGGAGCUCAUCCUGGGCAGUUCCCUGUUGGACAUCUACCACCACAUCCUCCACGCGGCAUUUCCAGCUGGGCGUGUGGCAGCCUGCAGUAGGAGCUCCGCCCCGAAGAGGAAGCGCGGUGACUCAGGGCAGGAGGAAGCUUCCAGUGAGUCCUCACGGGAGGACGGUGCCUCGCCUUCAGCCAGCAAGCCCAGGGGCGUUGUCUGCGUUGCCCUGAGCAGGGGGAGUCAGGUUCUGGGGCUGAACACAGCGGAGUCAUGGGCCGCGCUGGGACCUUGCCCUUCUGCCUGGCACGGGGUUGUUUCUCAGAUGGAUGCUCAGCAGUCGAGGACCUUAGAGCCCCCAGCUCCCGCUGACGAGUCCAGAGAUGCACCAUGUGUUACCGAAGUUUCUCGAACCAAGGGGAAGCCUGUGCCAGUGGCUGUGAAAGCGGAGUUGCCUGUGAGGUGGAGGUCAGACACAGGCAAAUGUGUGGACGCGUCGCCCCUGGUUGUGGCCACAGCCGCGGGACUGUCACCUGCCACCGUGUACAUCGGCUCCCACUCCUGUAGAAUGCAGGCCAUCGACCUGCACUCUGGGAAGGUGAGAUGGGAGCAGGUCCUGGGAGACCGAAUCGAAUCCUCAGCGUGCGUGUCCAAGUGUGGGAACUUCGUGAUAGUGGGCUGUUAUGAUGGAUUAGUUUAUGUUCUGAAAAGCAACAGCGGAGAACAGUACUGGGUGUUUACGACGGGGGAUGCUGUGAAGAGCUCCGCAGCCCUGGACCCGUGCACGGGGCUCAUCUACGUUGGCUCCCAUGACUGGCAUGCGUACGCUCUGGACAUUGACAAGAAGAAGUGUGUGUGGAAGUUGCAAUGUGGAGGCGCUGUCUUCUCCUCUCCCUGCCUGAGCCUGAUGCCACAUCACGUGUAUUUUGCGACACUGGGAGGACAUUUAUUGGCUGUAAAUCCUGCUGCUGGGGACGUGGUCUGGAGACGCUGCUGUGGGAAGCCCCUCUUCUCAUCCCCCCGCUGCUGCCUCGGGUACGUCUGCAUCGGCUGCGUGGACGGGCGGCUGCUGGGCUUCACUCACACAGGCGAGCAGGCGUGGCAGUUCGCCGCCGGGGGACCGGUCUUCUCCUCCCCUUGUCCCUCAGCAUCAGAGCAGGACGUGUUUUUCGGCUCCCAUGACUGCUUCAUCUACUGCUGCAGCGUGCAGGGCAGCCUCCGAUGGAAAUUCAAAACCACCUCGCCCGUGUACGCCACGCCAUUUGCUUUCCGUGUCCGCGGGGAGACGCUGCUGGCGACAGCAUCCACCGAUGGCAAGCUGUGGGUCCUGGAGUCCGAGAGUGGGCAGUUGCAACAUGUGUACAAACUUCCCGGAGAAGUCUUCUCCUCGCCUGUGGUCUGGGACUCGUCGCUCGUUAUUGGGUGCAGAAACAAUUUCCUGUACUGUCUGGAUCUCACAGGGGAGGGCCAAGGAUGAUGGGCACGGCCCGGCAGCCUGCUCUGGGUGCGUAUGAAGCUGCUCUGCCAUCCCAGGGUGUCGGGAGGGCUCAUUAAAGAGUAUUUUGGUUAAGACACUUGUCUGCUACCCUUGACUAGAACAGUGAUGUUUUACUUUGCACAGGAGCAGCAGGGCUUUCAGAAAGAGCUUGAGUCCUAGCGAUACAGUAUUGCUCUCCUAGCAGUGAUGGGGAGUCUUAGGUGUUAGCCUGGCUGGGCCAGCAGGGACACUCACCAAGUGCGAAGACAUGAUGUCCAGGGCCUCUGUGAGGAUGUUGCUGAGGGAUUUGCGUGAGCAUUUGAGCCAGCCAACUGAAGGCAGAAAUCCUGCCUUACUGCUGUGGGUGCGAGUCCUUGGACCGAUGAGAC